UUGUCCGAGUCGCAGAAAUCACGUUUGUUUCGCUUGAAUAUAAAAAUCUGAUUUUAGACUUUUGUUUGUGAUUUUCCCUUUCUCGCGACAGCCUAGUGCUAUUUUUGCAAUUAUUGUCUAUGCGCACCAUUUAUUAAAUAAAGAUCAAUACUAACCGGUGAUUUAACCUACUUAUUGAAACAAAAUGCCACCACCAAAGGCUAGACUUCACAAAAAUACGGGAAAAUUGAAAUCUAUUCCCAAAGUUUCGCAAAUACCUACCAAUCGAACGCCAUCCGUUUCUUCGAACCUAGCUCAAUCCUCCAGUAAUCCACCGGAAGCCGAUCGACAGUUUGAACUGGAACUUUAUUGGUGCAUCCAACAGCUGGAGAAUUCUCUCAAUGCAGCCCACGUAAGGGAGAAUAACAAGAAAACGGAGGAUACAUUGAAACUAAUAAAUACUCUCAAAUCGGCAAAUCAGCCGCUCAUCAAAAAACGCCAAAUAAUGCGAUCAACCUUCGGCGACUAUCGAGCAAAAAUGGCCGAAGAGGAAAAAACCAUGACCCUGAAUCCGGAAAGUGUGCGGUUCGACGUUCCGAAGAAGAAAGCUAAAUACCAUUUCGUCAAAAAGGCCGCCAUAUUAAACGAAGACAACAAGGAAUUUCGGUUCAACUUUUCCAACAUUCAACUGGAUGAUGCGGAAGAACAAUCAGAAGCAGCACAGCCAUCAACUGCUGCUACCGAGCGUCGCCAAGAGUCUCAGAUGAAACCGCUGAAAAUCCUACCACUUUCGGAUAACUCAUUCAGGUUUAAUUUCAGCGUGGAAAGUUAGGAUAUGUCUAGAACUAGGAAAUAAACUAAAUUGUAAAACAUCCGCA